AGUUGCUCCUUUUGCCCUCUCCCCCAACCCCGGAGCCCCAGGCAGGUACCCCGGGAUCGGACGUCCCCACGCCUCCGGGCACCUGGCUCAGCAGGAGUCCCCCGGGUCCGGGCAGGGCAGGGCCGGCGGCAGCGAGCCGGAGCCCGCCCAGCGCCCGGGCCCCGCCGAACCCGCGGAACCCACUCAUGGGGCACCGGCUCCCCGUGUCCCCUCGCCCGGCCGCGCCCAGACCGGCGCCCCGAGCCGCGCAGAGGAGGAGCCCGGCGGAGUGACCCGGGAGCCGCCAAAGACUCUGGAAGGCUCGGCAGCCGGAGAGCAAGGCGGUUCCCCGCACCUCCAGGCGCUUGCAGGCAUCCCUCCGAGCCGCACCAGAGGCCCGGCCCGCCAUUCCCAGCCCCGAGCCAUGAUGAAGACCUUGUCCAGUGGGAACUGCACACUCAGCGUGCCCGCCAAGAACUCGUACCGCAUGGUGGUGCUGGGCGCCUCGCGGGUGGGCAAGAGCUCCAUCGUCUCUCGCUUCCUCAACGGCCGCUUCGAGGACCAGUACACGCCCACCAUCGAGGACUUCCACCGGAAGGUCUACAACAUCCGCGGCGACAUGUACCAGCUGGACAUCCUGGACACGUCCGGCAACCACCCCUUCCCUGCCAUGCGCAGGCUCUCCAUCCUCACAGGCGACGUUUUCAUCCUGGUGUUCAGUCUGGAUAAUCGGGAAUCCUUCGACGAGGUCAAGCGCCUCCAGAAGCAGAUCCUGGAGGUCAAGUCCUGCCUGAAGAACAAGACCAAGGAAGUGGCGGAGCUGCCCAUGGUCAUCUGCGGCAACAAGAAUGACCAUGGCGAGCUGUGCCGCCAGGUGCCCACCACCGAGGCCGAGCUGCUGGUGUCGGGCGACGGGAACUGUGCCUACUUCGAGGUGUCGGCCAAGAAGAACACCAACGUGGACGAGAUGUUCUACGUGCUCUUCAGCAUGGCCAAGCUGCCGCACGAGAUGAGCCCCGCGCUGCACCGCAAGAUCUCCGUGCAGUACGGGGACGCCUUCCACCCCAGGCCCUUCUGCAUGCGCCGAGUCAAGGACAUGGACGCCUACGGCAUGGUCUCGCCCUUUGCCCGCCGCCCCAGCGUCAACAGUGACCUCAAAUACAUCAAGGCCAAGGUCCUCCGGGAGGGCCAGGCCCGCGAGCGGGACAAAUGCACCAUCCAGUGAGCAGGCGGGACGCUGGGGUGGGGCUUGGGCGGUGCCUUACGGUGGGGUGGGGCGUGGCCCCGGGUGCCUGCUGCCCGCAUCCCCCGCCAUGAGACCCCAACAGCAGUCACGUUCCAAGACCUUUGGCGCCACACUGGAGGACCCCAGCCUCCAGCCUCUGUGCAGUCUCCUGCCUUCAACUACUUCCCUCUGAUUCCUCCCUUCCGCCGCUCCCUCUUGGUUUCAGCUUCUCCGUGGGUUGGGAGGGGAAUCCCUGCAGGACAAGAGGCAAGGUUGGGUGACAUCUGAACUUAUGCCAGGACCCAAGUCAGAGCUUGCUUGAGGGGCCAGAGGGGCCAGGACCCCUGCAUCCGAUGGAGACUCCUGGAACAUCCCAGAUGAAAAUAAUACCCAGAGCCAGCUGGGAGAGGGCUCCGCUCUCCUGGUGGAAGACCCAGCUUGGUUUAGGAGGCAGCUGGGAGUCUCCUCCCACCCCAUCCUGAAACGCUUACCCUCUGGCUCAGCUGGUUCUAUCCCCUGCCCCCCAACUUGGCCCUCAGCUGCCCCCGACAUUGAGCCAGGGGUGUCUGUGUGUUCGAAGGAGGCGUGGCUACAUCGCCUGGCCCAUGUCCAUCUCUUGGACCGCCUUCCUCAGCCUCUUCUCCCAGGUUCCUCUCGUCUGCUGGUUGUGCUUUGUUGUUGCAGCUCUUAUGUCGUGUUCCCAGUAGGAAUGGAAAUUGCUGUACUGUGAAAGCCUAGUGACCCCUCGUUGGCAAGGCCCCCCCAGUGUAGAUCCACUGCCUCCACUGGGGACACCUUCGUCCCCCAUUCCAGAUGGGGUUUCUGUGGCCUGUCUGCAGCUGGACGCUGCCCUCUACCAAGCUUCACCGUUCACACUCACACAGGCGGGGCAGGCCUGUGGGGGCAGCUUCUCCUCUUGCCUCUAUUUCCCAGAGCGGGUGGCUGAGACUCAGAGGGCAAAGUGACAUGCCCCAGCUCCGCCUCCCGGCUAGUUCAGAACGCAGCUCCACCUGGAAUCAGGCUGUCCUCUACUGUGCUGGUUCCUCAAGCAUUUAUUGAGUGCCUGCUGGGUGCUGGGUCCACCGUGUGCUAGGAAACAAAGAGGGUGAGCAAUGCACUUUACGCCCCCAAGGCCAAGCCUCCCCGGCUCUGGCCUCUUUCCCACCCCCCCGCCUGGCCGCUGCCCACCCCUGCUGCCCUACUGCCUCUGUACACGCAGCUGUUGGCAGGCGUGGAAGAGCAGCUGGGAGCCAGAGCUGAGCCCGGGAGAGGCAGGUAGGAAGAGCUCCCAGUGGGCCUUUUCCUGGUGCCUGUGAUUGGGUUGUGCUGGGUACCAGGCGUGGUGGGAUUUGAACCCGCGGACCAAAGGCUCUUGUCAUCAGCUCUUACAAAAUACAUUUUAUAUUUUAAACCUCCUUGAAACUAUUGAAGUUCAGGGCCACAAGGAACCUUAGUGGUCAUCUAGUGAAUCUGAGGCCCAGAGAGGGUAAGUAACUUGCUCCAGGUCACACAGCAAGCCUAUGAGUGGCAGAAGCAGGGUUAGGUCUGGCAUUCAGCAUGCACCAUGGUGUGCCCCUCUCCUGAUGCUGCCUCAGCCCCUGGGGCCUUCAGGGAUUUGAGGUGUUGUCUCCCUGACCCUGUCCCUAAAUCGGCCUUUGAGGGCUCCUGUAGAUUCUGUGUACAUUGUGCCCACGUAUAUCCAUGUACAUACACAUGAACACACAGACAUAAACGUGCCCUGGCCUCAGCUCUGCACACCCCCUACCCCACCUUGGCCCCUGCUGCUCAAGGCAGCCACUCUGACCCUGCUUCUGUGCCCACACCUGGCCCCAGCUUGAACCCUCUAAGCAGACCGGGUACCUUGGCCAGGGCAGGUGUGUGGCCUGGUCUCACUCAGUCACACCCCUGCUUCCCCAUAUCUCUGUGUACACUCUCAAUUAAAGUGGGUUUGUUUCUAA